GUUCUACUUUAAUGUCUGCAACCUUCUAUUAUUGGCUAUGUACCUCAUGAGCCAAGGAAUAUGACUUGUACAAUCUUCUUUCAAUAUACAAUCUCAGAUAUACUAGGCCUGCCAUCUUUUCUUCUCUCUGUAAUUUACCAACAAUAAGAUGCUUAUUGUUUUAGAAAAUUGUAUGCAAAUAAUAACAGGUGCUUAUGCUGUUACAUUCUGCAUGCUUCUAUUAUACUUAGUCAUACUCUUCAAAGUACUGAGCAGUGAGCAUAAUUUUUUUCCAUCUUUGAGGAUGAAGGAAACUUGGCAAUGAGGUAAGUAAGGUAACCUUUGGUACUUUCCUCAGUUGUAUAUUCUCUCUCAGAUUUAUAUGAUGUUUUUCAUGGUACAAAAGCGGGAGUUGAAGUGAUUUUUUUUUUUUUUUGUGAAAUUCUUGAUUUUCUAUAAAAUUUUUUUGCUCCUAUUCUCUCUUGUUGGACCGAUUUUGAUCAUUAUUUUGUUAAAUUGUGAUUGGCAUCAUUUCAUCAUUAUGAGAAAUUACGUACGCUGCUACAAAUUCAUUUUACUGAUUGAUUCAGAUAUUAAUCAGUAAAUGUUCUUGCACACCUGUUGUUUGAUUAAUACCCUUGAUUUUCUGCACCUAAUUGUUUGAAAAUUGAGCACAAGAGUGGUGAUGACAAGUUCAAAGAGUAAUUAUGAUGGAUAACUUUCUUCUCCUGCUGUUAUAGAGACAGGAUCUCUAUUUGCUGCUUGGAAAGAUGAAUAAUUCCUGUGAAGACUGCAGGGGUACAGUCACUUCAGUUGACAUAUGCUUCUUGCUCUAUAACAAGAAUAGAAAGGUAAGCCAAUACUGCCGCUUCUGCUGCUGGUAUUUGACUUGUUGUAGAGACUAGAGAGUGCUUCAAUCUUCAUGCUCAAAUAAUAUUCUUAGCUUGAUUAAAAAAAAAAAAAAACUUAUUAGUAGGAACUUAUCAGAUUGAAGAAGAAAUUCUUUCUACAAAAUGGUGGUUUAUUGUUGUAACAACUUUCAUUAUAUGGGAACAGAGUCAACAAGGGUUUAUAAGGUUAGUUUGGUUGAGUGCAGUCAUAAACGAUUGUAUGGCAAAGGUGGCUUUUGCACUGAGUACAAAGGUUUUUUUUUUUUUUUUUUUUUUUUUUUUUUUUUUUUUUUUUUUUUAAAAAAAAAUUUUAUUUAUUUAUUUUUUAUAUGAGGUUGAAGAAGGAAAUUUUGCAGCCAGUUCGCUCGAUGUAAAUUAACCUACUCAUACAAUUAAUUCUUGUAUCAUAGCGUCUUUAAUCUUGCUGUAAUUAACUUUAAAGCUUCCUAUCUACAAUUUGAUGCAUUUAUUGACAAUUCAUAUCAGUAUAUUGCAGUCGACCUUUUUAUUUGGGUUGUAUUAAAUAUUGCUCCCUUUUUACUAGGUAACGCUUCUAUUUUAAUUUGAAUGGACUUAUUUACCCUUCUAUUUUACUAGGUAACCCGUAAUCGGUUCGGGUUGUUUUCAGUUUCGGGUUGUAACGGUUUGACUUGAUAACGGGUCGGGUUAGUAAUGGUUCGCACAAAUUUGGUUCAGUUCAGUUUCGGGUUAGAAAAAAUUGGGUCGGAUCGGGUCGGUUUUUGGUUUCUAAAAAACGGGUUUUUAAUGGUUUAGUUCCUUUUCAGACCGGUUGAAACAGUCGGGUUUAACGGUUUGGGUCAGAAACUGACAGCUCUAGUUACAUCUUUACAUUCAUUAGGGAUAAGAUUAUGUACAUCUGAUUGUUGUUGUUGUUGUUUAACGACUGUAUGAGUAUCAAUUUUAUGUUAUUGGUUAUAAGUCCAUAGACUACGCAAUGGUCCCAUUUUCUAGUGAAGUGUUACGGAGUAUUGUACCAAGUCAACUGUUCAAUUGUGUUACUGUCAACAAUCAUAUGUAUACUUGUACACUGCAUCUUAAGACUAAGUCAAUUAUAACUGCUGUAAUGAGUCAAACUACCAACUUAUCUAAAAGAAGGCUUAAAUAUAAAUUCUGAGUCCGAUUUUUUGUUUCUGCUGAUUAUACCAACAAUCCUAACGAAUAUAACUUUGAUCACCGUAGUCUUGUUUAGCUACUCUUUCUUCUUUGAUUUCCUGUUUUUCUUCAGUGUAUUACUUCACAUGUCUCUUCAGAAGCCCAUGAAGUUCAAGGUCUUUAAGAUGUUAAAAAGCUGUUAUUCGUGCAGUUCUUAUGAUCCAUACAUGCUUGAAAUCCCCGCUGUUAAUGAAUUAACAUCAGAGGAAAAAGAGAUAAACUUCAUCCGCAAUGGAGCUGUUCUUUUGGAGAUGCAGAUUGCAUGCUUUAAAGGCAAGGGUAAAGAGCCAAUUAAGAUAUAUUCAGAUGAAGAUAUUUAUCGUGCAACAAAUGGUUAUCAUCCAGCUCAGAUCAUUGGUCGCAAUAUUGCCACUGUAUAUAGAGGAAACCUUGAAGAUCGAGCUGUUGCUAUAAAGACCCGUCAUGGCCUUUCUGGCUCAGAUGAACUGAUUGAGUUCUUCUUAAAUCAGGUCACUAUCAAGCAGCAAAUCAGCCACAAAAAUGUGGUUCGCCUCUAUGGUUGUUGCUUAGAGACUCACAUACCCAUGCUCGUCCAUGAGUUAAUGCAUGGUAACUUGUUUGAUCAUUUGCAUAGGUCAAGUGAGUGCUGGAUCUCCUGGAAAAAUCGCUUGAGAAUUGCCACUGAAAUUGCAUAUGCAAUUUCUUAUAUGCAUUCUGCAGAAUCGAAGCCUAUUGUUCACAGGAAUGUCAAGUCAGCAAGCAUUUUCUUGGAUGAGUCUCUCUCUGCUAAACUUUCUAACUUCGGAGUGUCCAUUUCUAUUGACCCUGAAGAUUUGAAACCAGCAUGGCCGCUCGUGGGAAGCGAAGGAUACAUUGAUCCAGAGUAUGCGGAGACCUUAGUGGUCUCUGAGAAAUGUGAUGUUUAUAGUUUUGGGGUUGUUAUGGUGGAACUGAUAACCGGGAAAGAUCCUGCAAAUAUGUGGAUUCAAGGUGGUGAUAUAGUUAAAUACUUUUUUUCGCAUAUGACACAAAAUUGUGUGUUAGACAUUGUUGAUCAGAGACUAUUGCUAGAAGGAAGUGUAAAAUCUACUAUAGCACAGUUUACUGAGCUUACUAUGAGGUGUGUCCAAAGUCAAGGAGAAAGAAGGCCAACCAUGGAGGAAGUUGUAUUACAGCUUCAAAAAAUGCAGAAGCCUUUGGACUUGUGUUCAAGGAGUUGAGGAGGUUGCGAUUGCAAGAUGACGAAGAAUCUGGAGUGAUGUAAAACGGAAAAUGCAUGAUACACAAAACCUUUGAGCAAUUGAGCUUUGGCAAGGCAUGGAUGAAUUUCCAAGGUUGAAGUCCCCUAUCUUGAGCAUUAUGGGCUAGAGGAUUUCAUACUUGCAGGAGAAGGAUAAUUUUGAAUCAGGUGGUUCUGACCAAACAGCUUCUUUGUAGGUAAAAAUUUUAAUAUUUUGGGAACAAUGAACUACCUCUUGCUCCAGUUCAUCUUAAUAGCUCUAUAUUUUUGGGUACACCCAUUGCUUACGGUGGCAUCUUCACCACUGAUGGUGGCGUAUCCACCUAUUGCAAAGCCUGGUUGUCAGGAUAUUUGUGGGACUGUGAGCAUUCCGUACCCAUUUGGAAUAGGAGAUGAUUGCUACCACAGCCUACCAUAUGAGGUUACUUGCAAUACCUCUGUGCUGACUCCGAAACUUUUCCUGAGUAAAUUUGAUCUCGAGGUUUCAGAGAUUAGUCUGAACACUUUGGAUACACACACCAUAGUAGUGAAAACCCUGCUACAGAGGACCUGCAGCAUCCAAGAUGUGAACAUAAGCAGCAUCGACCUUAGGGGAACUCCUUAUUUGUUUUCAGGGGAGUUCAAUUCUCUUAUUGUGGGGAGUUGUGGGAGUAGUGCACUCUUGUUGGAUAGAAGCAAUGAAAUCUUAGGGGGUUGUACAACAGCUUGUUAUCAGGGUCAUAUGAUAAUGAAUAAUUUCACAGGCCGUGGGUGUUGAGAAAUUUGAUUUUCCUUCUUCACUUGACUUUUAUCGUGUAAAUAUUUACAACUUUGGUAAAGGUGCAGAUGAUUGCACGAAUACAAUGCUAAUAAAUAAGACAUUAUCAAUGAGGUUGUUGGUCCACGUCUCUCCAAGUUUGCAGUAGUACCGUCUGUACUGGAAUGGAUGCUCAGAAACAUAACGCUGCCCUCUGAUGACUAGAACAAAUAUUGUCAAGGUCCUCCAGAGAAUUAUGAUUGUUACUGCAAAUAUGGCACUUAUGGCAAUCCUUAUCUUCCUUAUGGAUGUCAAGUCCCAAGAGAAUGCAAGGGAUGAAAACAAGGGUGCUCCAAAGAAGGAAACCAUUAUCGCUGUAUCAGCGACAUCCAUGGUGAUUCUAAUACGCGGCUGAUCCUUUUUGGUUCUGCUUGGUGGUUCAACCGUUGGCUUAAUGCUGUGUACUGGAAACAUAAGCUGCAUUUACCUUUGUAUAAAGAAAAGGAGGCAUAUGAAAAUGAAGGAGAAGU